AAAAUUUCGCACGAUAAAUAAGAGAGCGUAAUUUUCCGAAAUCAGCAAAAUUUCGCUAUAAAUCACAAAUUUAGGCGGCUUAACAUGUGAUUUUCCCGUUUCUCAAGCGCAUUAUUUGUUGAAAAACCCGUCAAUUCGAAGAAUAAUCAACAAAAAGCGGAAAAUCGUCGUUUGUUUACGUAUUUUGUGGAAUUGCGUCGUGUUAUCGAUCGAUCGUCAUCGUCACACUGCAUUGAGAGGGAGAAACGAGAAACGAGCAAAUAAAAUAGCUUUGUGUUGUUUUUCUUUACUAUGAGUAGUAAAAGCCCCCGCGAUUUCGUUCAACAGGCAUUACUGAAUUCGCAUCUCACGGAAGCACUCUUGGCACACUCCAAGGAAACGGGAAAAAAGGGCGGCAGCACCCUUGGUGAAAUCGAUUGUCGGGCUCGUUUUUCGGCAGAUCUCUCGCAACUCUGCAUGAAUUCCGAUUAUUCUGACGUGACUUUCAUUGUUGAGGGCAAGAAAUUGUUCGCUCAUCGUGUCAUUUUGGCAGCGCGCAGCGACUAUUUUCGGGCACUUUUGUAUGGCGGCGGCUUCGUCGAGUCCGGGCAGAAUGAAAUUAACGUGCAAGUGCCGUACAAGGCGUUCAAGGCGUUGUUGCAGUACGUGUACUCGGGCGUAUUGUCACUCAACAAGAUGGAAAACACAAUUGACGUGCUCGAUAUUCUGGGUUUAGCGAACCAAUAUGGCUUUUUAGAGCUAGAAGACGCCAUUUCGACGUAUCUACACAAAAUUUUAUCCGUGGAAAAUGCAUGUUCAAUCCUCGAUUCAGCUCGAUUGUUUGGUUUAGCGUCGCUAAUUGAUGUCUGUCACACAUUUAUCGAUCGCAAUGCCGUGAACGUCCUCAAAAAUGACGCUUUCAACAGUAUUAGCGAGGAGUCGUUGUGCGGAUUGUUACGACGAGAUUCAUUUUUUGCGCCAGAAGUGGCGAUUUACAAAGCCGUUGCCAUCUGGUACAAGCACAAUUCGUCGGCGGACAUCAAAAAAGUGCUCGAACUCGUGCGUUUGCCCCUGAUGGAAUUGCAUCACUUGCUAAAUGUCGUCAGGCCAUCGGGAAUUUUGAGUUCCGACAUCAUCUUGGAUGCCAUUGCGGUGCAAGCUGCCAAGGAAUAUCUCAAUUAUCGCGGAUCUCUGGUGCCGGAGGAGAAUUUAGCGACACCGGGGCAUGGGGCACGCGUCAUUUGCGGCAAAGAUGCGGAAUUUUUGAUCGAUGGCGAUACCAAGAACUACGAUAUGGAACGCGGAUAUGCGUCGCAUGUCAUCGAUGACGACGCCGAGUGUCUCAUGGUCGAGUUGGGCAACGUUUUUAUCGUGAAUCAUGUGAAAAUGUUGCUGUGGGACCGCGAUAUCCGGAGUUAUUCGUACUACAUCGAGGUGUCGGUUAACAAGGAAGUGUGGAAACGUGUCAUUGAUCACACCGAAUACCAUUGUCGGUCAUGGCAAUUUUUGUAUUUUGACGAUUUACCGGUGAAAUUCAUCCGUGUGGUUGGCACUCAUAAUUCCGUUAAUCGGGUGUUUCAUUGUGUAGCGUUAGAAGUGUUUUACGCGAAAAAUACUCCGGCACGUGUGAAUGGCAUUGUAGCUCCGACAACGAAUAUUGCGACACUCGAUCGUUCGGCGGUUGUGCUCGAAGGUGUUUCACGAACACGGAACGCCUUGCUAAAUGGCGACGUCAAAAACUACGAUUGGGACUCGGGAUACACGUGUCAUCAGCUCGGCAGUGGCGCCAUUACCAUUCAACUUGGGCAACCGUACUACUUGGCAUCGUGUCGCAUCUUGUUGUGGGACUGCGACGAACGGGCUUACAGCUUUUUCAUUGAGGCAUCGAUCGAUCAAAAGAACUGGGACGUCAUUGUGGACAAAAGGAGCUCGCAGCUAAAGUCGUGGCAACAUAUGACGUUUGCGCCGCGUCCCAUUGUCUACAUCCGCAUUGUGGGCACUUUUAAUUCGGUGAACGAAAUUUUUCACAUUGUUCAUUUCGAGGCGCCGUCACAAGAUCCGAAAUUUCUAAGGCAACAAUCGAAAGAGAGUGAGACGACGACGAGUCAGGAAAUAGUGGCGGGCACAUCGCGACAAGACACCUAAAGCUCGAACUAUGACUUCAAACAGUUAACGAAACCAGAUGAGACUAAAAUUACUUGAAUUUUCACCAAAAUAUACGAAAAGUUGAUUUUUUUGGACAAAUUUUUAAUAUAUUUAAUUUUUUUUAACAAAUCUGUUGAUUACUUCUUUAGUUGCAAACAUUUGAUGGGCUUGUAAAUGCAUCAAAAGAUGCUUUUUUGAAAUCAAUGACAAUGAAAGUUUAGAUUAGACGGCAACUAAAUAUGUUGUAACAAUGAAGCGAAUAUUAUUAAUAAAAAAAUAAAAAUU